UGCAGCUUUGAAGACUUCCAGGUUGUGUUCAUCUUUGAUGGUCUGGAUGAGUGUCGACUUCCUCUGGACUUCAACAACACCAAGAUCCUGACUGACCCUAGAGAGGCCACCUCAGUUCAUUUGCUGCUGAUAAACCUAGUUAAGGGCCAUUUACUUCCCUCUGCCCAUGUCUGGAUAACCACACGACCUGCAGCAGCCAAUCAGAUCCCUGCUCAGUUUGUUGACAUAGUGACAGAGAUCAGAGGGUUCAAUGACCGACAGAAGGAUGAAUAUUUCUGGAAGAGAUUCAGAGAUGAGGAGCAGGCCAGUAUUAUAAUUUCCCACAUCUUGUUAUCAGAAAACCUCCACAUCAUGUGCCGCAUCCCAGUUUUCUGCUGGAUCACUGCUACAGUUCUGGAUUCUCUUACAAUAAAUAAUGAGAGCAGUGAUCUGCCUAAAAGCCUCACAGAGCUGUACAUCCACUUCAUGAUGGUGCAAGUCCAAUUGAAGAAGGUCAAGGAUGAAGGAUCGGAGACAGAUCCACCCUGGAGUCCAGACAGCAGGAAGAUGGUUGAGGCUCUGGGAAAACUGGCUUUUGAUCAGCUACAGAAAAGAAACCUGAUCUUCUAUGAAUCAGACCUGACAGAGUGUGGCAUCGAUAUCAGAGCAGCCUCAGUGUACUCAGGAGUGUUCACACAGAUCUUUAAAGAGGAGAGAGGACUGUACCAGGACAAGGUGUUCUGCUUUGUCCAUCUGAGUGUUCAGGAGUUUCUGGCUGCUCUUCAUGUCCAUCUGACCUUCAUCAACUCCAGAGUAAAUCUGCUGGAAGAAAAGAAAUCUUGGUCAUUUAAACUGUUUGGAAUUAAACACAAGCAAAAAGUCUUCUACCAGUGUGCUGUAGACAAGGCCUUACAGAGUCCAAAUGGACACCUGGACUUGUUUCUUCGUUUCCUCCUGGGUCUUUCACUGCAGACAAAUCAGACUCUCCUACGAGGCCUGCUGACACAGACAGGAAGUAGCUCACAGACCAAUCAGGAAACAGUUCAGUACAUCAAGAAGAAGCUCAAUGAGAACCUGUCCACAGAGAAAAGCCUCAACCUGUUUCACUGUUUGAAUGAACUGAAUGAUUGUUCUCUAGUGGUUGAGAUCCAGCAGUCCCUGAGUUCAGGAAGUCUCUCUACAGAUGAACUGUCUCCUGCUCAGUGGUCAGCUCUAGUCUUCAUCUUACUGUCAUCAGAAAAUUAUCUGGAUGUUUUUGACCUGAAGAAAUACUCUGCUUCAGAGGAAGCUCUUCUGAGGCUGCUGCCUGUGGUCAAAGCCUCCAAAAAAGUCAUACUGAAUGACUGUCAGCUCUCAGAGAAAAGCUGUGAAGCUCUGUCUUUAGUUUUCAGCUCCCAGUCCAACAGUGUGAGAGAGCUGGACCUGAGCAACAAUGACCUGAAGGAUUCAGGAGUGAAGCUGCUGUCUGUUGGAGUGAAAAAUCCACACUGUAAACUAGAAACUCUAAGUCUGUCGGGCUGCCUGAUCACAGAGCAAGGCUGUACUUAUCUGGCCUCAGCUCUGAGCUCCAAUCCCUCCCGUUUGAAAGAGCUGAACCUAAGCUACAAUCAUCCAGGUGACUCUGGCACGAGGAUGCUUUCAGCAUUACAGAAUGAUCCACAGUGGAGGCUGGAAGCUCUCAGGGUGGAGCCUGCUGGAGUCCAAUGGUUGAGACCAGGUCUGAGGAAGUGUAAGUGA